AUGUCGUUCCUCUAUCUUUUCCUGUUCGCGUGCGUGUCCUUGGCAAGCGCUGGAGAGCAUUUCCGUGUAUGUUACUACACAAACUGGUCCCAGUAUAGGCCUGCACCGAUGAAGUAUUUCCCAGAGAAUGUGGAUGCGUCUUUGUGCACUCACAUUAUCUACGCGUUUGCGAAGAUUGGCAACGGCUACACCUUGCAGCCGUACGAGUGGAAUGACGACAAGAUGUUUGUGAGAUUCGCUGAAAUUAAACGAGUUGAGUAUUCUGUUAUUUUAUCAAAAACUGUCGAGAGAGAAGCAUUAGGGUAAAAUGAAGUGCAAGGGCGUAGAAAGCAAUGUAAUGUCGGAUUUCGAAGGUCCAGGGGUCUCGCUAGCCCCACUUUAAUGGGGGGGGGGAAUGCAAUUUUGCAAAUUUUCAUUAUAAUUAUUAGUUUUUAAUCAGUGUAACUCAUAUAUAUUUUAGUUUCUCAGGGUUUAUCCCAAUGCAAUUUAGCGUAUCUAUAAUGAGGUCUACAUUUAGAAACUUUUACAUCGAAUAAUUCAUGUUUCGUUUCUGUUUCAGAAAAACCCACAUCUUAAAUUAUUGCUUGCGGUCGGUGGCUGGAAUCAUGAGAAUGGAUUGGGAAAAUUCUCGCCCAUGGUGAAGACGGCCCAGAAUCGUAAGAUUUUCAUCGAUUCAUCAAUCGCAUUCCUUCGCAAAAACGGCUUCGACGGUUUCGACUUGGAUUGGGAAUAUCCAGCCGGUCGGGGAAAUUCACCCCCGGGAGAUAAACAACGAUACACCGCGCUCUGCGAUGAGCUUUUGGCCGCCUUCAAAAAAGAAGCUGCGGAGUCUGGUAAGGAGCGCUUAUUGUUGACGGCCGCAGUUCCAGCUGGCCACAAGCAGAUUGAUGCAGGUUAUGAAGUCGAUAAGAUUGCGAAGAGCCUGGAUUGGAUUAAUCUGAUGGCGUAUGAUCUCCAUGGUAAAUGGGACAAAAAGACUGGACAUCACACGGCCAUGCUUGGUAGCGAUAAGCUCACUGUAAG